UAUUAUUUCAAUCGUUAACUUCUGCAUAUCUUUGUUAUAUUUGUAUGAGUAAAUAUUUUGUCCUUUUCAACUUGGUGUAAAUGCCAUCCUGACUGUGUCUCUUGCUGUGUGCAAAGCUGGAGCUGUUGUUCUCAAUAUUUCCUAUACAAGCACAUUGCUAACCUAGCUAGUAACAAAAAGCCGGUGUUGCUUGUUUCUGCCUUCAACGUCACCGGAACAAACUUAUUAUGCAAGAAUUUAUGAUUCUACUAGUUGGAGCUUCCUCUUUUAAAGAAGCCAUAAAGAUGGGUGUGUAAGUGUAUCACAAUUUGAAGGCUGUCAUUAAGAAGAAAUAUGGUCACGAUGACACCAAUGUAUGGGAUGAGGGUAGAUUUGCUCCUAACAUUCAGGUCAAUCGGUGUGUUAUGUUUGAAUAAACCUUUUACUUGAGGUUCAUAUAUAAUAUUUGAAGUAAUCUUUUAUGUACUGGGGGAGAACAAUGAUGGUCUUGAACUGCUCAAGACAGCCAUUGAUAAAGCAGGUUACACAGGAAAAGUUGUCAUUGUAAUGGAUGUUGCUACAUCUGAGUUUUAUGGAUCGGACAAGACUUAUGAUUUGAACUUCAAAGAAGAGAUCUCAAGCAACCAGCUCAAAGAUCUGUACAAGUCAUCCAUGUCCGGGUACCCAAUUGUAUCCAUUGAAGAUCUAUUUGACCAAGAUGAUUGGGAGCAUUAUGCCAAGCUUACCGGUGAAAUUGGUGCUCAAGCACAGAUUGUGGGAGAUGAUCUCUUAGUCACUAAUCAGUUGAAAAGGCAAUCAAGGAGAAGACCUACAAUGCUCUUUUUCCUAAGGUUAACAAAAUUGGAUCAGUUAUUGAGAGAAUUGAAGCUGUAAUAAUGUCUAAACGAGCUGGUUGGGGUAUAAUGGCAAGCCACUGCAGGUAUGAAAAUUAGACCUUGUUAUAUGGUGGGUAUCUACAGUGAAAAAGAAUAUUAGAUUUGACAAUCAUUUUUGUUGCUGGAUGCAAUGGAGAGACUGUUAGGUUUGGUGACUCAAAUGUGUUAGGAUUAUUGUUGAUUUAGAAUUUGAUCAAGUGGAAAUCCUAGAAAUUGGUUAGGAGUCUUUUGAAGAUGCGUGUUAGACUUUCACUUGGAAAGGGAAUCUAAUUGCAUCCAACAAAAGAAAAAAAAAACCCUAUUGAAAUUAGGUCUCCUAAUUGUAAUAUAUUUUCUUGCAUUUUAGGACUCUUCUAGGGUUGGCCUAUAAAUAUAAGCUCCUCUGGUCAGUUUGUAGAGAGUAACAUAGAAGCAGUAUUGUCAGUCUAUCUUUUAUUCUCAACAUUGUUGAAUUAAUAAACAUCAUUCCUCUGCAAUUACCCUUUGUGUUCUUUUUUUACAAAUUAAAUCUUGUGUUUUCAUCAUGUAAUCUUGUUACUACAAUACUGUCAUUAUAAUCUCAUUUUUACAAUCGAAUUUGGAAUCAACGAGUGUUAUUGGAGCUUUCGAGCCCAACAAAUGGUAUCAGAGCCAGGCUGUUAAUUUUAUGUGGAUUGGUUGAGACUCUUUUGAGAUGGCUGUG